AUGUACACUGAUCAUCAGGGCACUGAUGAUCAGUGUGCCCUGAUGAUCAGUGUAGCCCCAUCAGUGCCACCUGUUAGUGUCCAUCAAUGCCACCUGUCAGUGCCUACCAGUGCACAUCAAUGCCACAUAUCAGUGCCCAUCUGAGCUGCCUUUCAGUGCCACCUAUCAGUGCCAUCAGUGCCACCUAACAGUGCCAGUCAGUGCUACCUAUCAGUGUCGCCUAUCAGUGCCAUAUAUGAGUGCUGCCUCUCAGAGCCCAUCAGUGAUGCCUGACAAUGCCCAUCAGUGCCACCUACCAGUUCCUCCUCAUCAGUGCCCAUCAGUGCUGCCUAUCAGUGCCCAUCAGUGCAGCCUAUCAGUGCCCAUCACUGCAGCCUCAUUAGCGCACAUCAGU